CCCUUACCUGCCACCACCGCAACUCAACCACCCACCAUGUACUUCCCACCACCCCCACAAGGGCCAUCCCCACCAGGGAUUAAAUGGGACAACUCGCAAUCCACAAGCGGGAAAAAGACGCACCUCUCAUCCCUCAGCCACGGCAAACUCCCAUCCUCAGUCUCGUCCGAAGAUGUCAUCGUAGGAACGAAGAAGGCAGCCGAGCUAGGACUAAGAGGGAUGAAGAGCUCCGCGAAAUUCAUCAAGGAGAAUAGGAGAGCGAUUGGCACGGGUUUCAGGGUCGUCAAUGGGUUUUUGAAGCAGACGACGGGGAAUGGAUUAUUGGCGAAUGUUGAGGGGGGUUGGGAUAAUUUGGGGAGUGGGGAUUCCAGCUCAGGAGGUGGUGGGGGUGGGUUUGGAGCGGAUGACUUUGGAGGCGGUGGCACUAAUGGAGGGGCUUCUGCCGGGGUCGACUUCGGAGGUGGUAAUUCUGGCGGCGGUGACUUUGGUGGGGGUAACUUUGGAGGGAUUGAUGUUGGAGACGCUAACUCUGGUGCAAAUAAUGUUAUCGGAGUGGAUACCUUCGGAGGAGGUGGCUUUGAAGUGGUUGAUGUUGUGGAUGUUGUUAAUAACUUCGGAGUCGAUAACUUCGACGUGAUCGAUGUUGGAGGAGCUAAUAAUUUCGGAAUGGACAACAUUGGAGCUGGUGGCAUUGGAGGGCCAAUUGUGGUGGAUGACCUUUAUUCGGCUGAUCCAUAUAGCGUUGGACUUGGCGGGAGCAGCAUUGGAGGUCAGAUUCAAGAGGAGGUUAUAGUCGAUGGGAAUGGGAACAUCGCAGUGGAAUAUAUACCGCUGCCACAAGGCACGGGCCUGCCACAAUCCACAGGAUUGCCACAAUCCACGGGCCUCGGGCAAUCCAACACAUACCGUCCACCCAACACCACAAAGCCAGGAACAGUUCCUCGUGUCCGAGCACAGGCUGUCGGUCCCGCGUCUCGAAAUCAAGGGGUCAAUAGGCCAACAGCCAGUCAAGGCCCAGUUAGAAUGUCUUCAACGAUAAGGAAACCCCCAGGGCAGCAACCGUCUACUGUGCAGCCCUCGAUGCCCACCACUACUGGAGCAAAACCGAUGGCUCCUACGGGACCGUUGUAUCAGGGGAGAAGGCCGGUGACAACAACCCAGCAGCCCCAAGCCCCGGGUUCUGCAGCUGGAGGUAGAAGACCGGUAAUCAGGAAUUCCGAAGCUUCCUCAGCGGCUGCGAGGGAAUGGUUGCGAAGGGAAUUGGCUAAGGUUGCUGCGGCAUCUAAUGGUGCAGGAACAUCUAAUGCUGCCACUUCUGCAUCAGCAGCUGAGGCGGCAGCAAGAAAGGCGCUGCUCAGGGAAAUUUUUGCACUGUUGAAGAAUGGCCAGCUCGGUGCCCAGGACGGAGAUCAAAAUAAUCAGGGGGUUGAUCCCGCAUCAAACAUUCCGGAGGUUGGAAUUGAAGACUAUGCGAACUUAGCUGCACAGCAAACAGAGAACGUCAUCCUAGCCCAGUUGGACGGAGUGCAGUUCAAUGAGCCAGACGUACAAUUCAAUGAGCCAGACGUACAGUUCAACGAGCCAGAUGGACAGUUCAAUGAGCUAGAUGGACAGUUCAAUGAUUUGUAUAACCAGCUCGCUCUCUCUGGUGUUGAAGAGCAAUUAGCUGAACUGCAACUCCAAGAGGACUACGCAGAGGAAACCCAAGAAGCACUUGACGAAGCCUAUCUCUCGAAUCUUGCUGCGAGCGAGGAUGCUCUUGCUAGUGCACAGGAGAUAGCCGACUUCGACAUGUCUAACGAAGAUGCUUUGUGGACGGAAGAUCUCCAGACGAAUGUUUGGUCAGCGGAAGAUGCUGCUGCGCAGGAUGCCAUUUUUUAAAAUACAAAGAAAUUUGGUCCUGAAGAUGGCCUUUCAGGAGUCGAGUGUGGCAGAUAACGAACGUCUCUCGGCAGCAAAAUCUGCACUGAAGGGUAAAGGAAAUAAACAAGAAAACACGGUCAUUGGCACAUUGCAAAUGAGCGGACUAUGUUCCGGGAGACGAAUUGAUGCGGGUAGCAAUGGAGGACACCCAGGUAUCUAGCCCCCAGGAGCUAGCUCGGAAAUCUUACAUCCAGGUACUUUCUAGCUGGUGGUUUCCCCUACUCCUUUCAUCAUCACGCAGCUUGUUGAAGAAAAUGAAGGGAAUAUGCAUGCGGAUUUCAAAUCAAGCAGCGAGUGAAAUAAAAAAGAAGGGGAUGCUGGGGCUGAAGGAAAGAAUCAAACAGUUCAAAGUAUGGACAAAUAGUUCUAUCCUCAGGGUGGUCUCGAGGGAGAGUUCGCUAUGUCUCUUGGUUGCGAAGUUAGCAGGACUAAUGCAUUAUAUUUCCC